CAGCAUAUUGCAAUCGCCGAUGAAAGGCUUCGUAGAGCACGAAGGUCUCCACAGUGUAUCAACGACUAAUAAAAGGGCCGCUCACGUUGGAAUCCUUCACUUUGGAAGGAAGUCACCCUCUUCAUCGCCCCACUACUCCUUUGUUUGUUCGCCUCUGAACAGCUCUUGGAAACGAAGCAAGUGCUUGUGAGCCACACCAUGACCGAUAAAUCACACCCUUCUGCCCGACCGGCAGCUCGCACGGUGCUCAACUUGGGCAACUUGCCGCCUAAGAAGAUUCUUCCUGAUCGCGACACUCCACGAACUCCAUCGCGCGUGGAUCCCAACAACCCGCCAUGGCCCGCAUACAGAGGCUACCACGAGUUCUCUUUUGCCCACGAGACGAUGGGCAAGCGUCUCCCGACGAUCUUGGGCAAGGCGAUCGACGAUACGAUCCGCACGCUUAACGAACAGCACGACGAAGACAAGAUCACCGACUUGGCUGCGUGCGUCAGUCGGAUGAACCAGCUCAUGAAGGAUUUGAACAACAACGCCAAGCUUAGGCCGAUCAUUGAUGAUUCGGAAGCUGAUGUAUCCCUGUGGAACAAAGAGAUUGCCAAAUUCUUCCGAGGCAAGACAUUCAUGAACGCACCUUGGCUCUUCGCCGAGGCGUACAAGUACCGCCGUCUACACGAGUGCUUCAGCGUGUCAAAGUACUGGAAGGAUUACGACGUCUUCUUCAGGCAAAAGUGCGAUACCUUUUCGCGUUCCAGUCAGGCAGUGUUCGAGCUUUCAACUAGAUUCGCAGAGCCGUUCCAGCACGAGCCUGGCGCGACAAGAGAUGAAAAGUCAAAGGCCAAACAGCUCCUCUUCCACGAGCUGACGCAAGUCUCGCUCUGGGGUAACGCUACCGACUUGUCACUGCUGAUCAACAUGACCGAGGAAGACAUCAGAAACUUGCAGUCCACCGGAGGGGAACACCUGGCAGACACAGAAAAGAACAUCCUUGGUAACCACCUCGAGCAGCUGUGGAGCUUGCUUGGCAAGAUGAAAAAUGGACGCAUUGACUUUGUUCUGGACAAUGCCGGUUUCGAGCUGUACUGCGACAUGGUCUAUGCCGACUGGCUAAUCCAGUCGGGCAUCGCAUCCGAGGUCCGGUUCCACGGCAAGCGCCUGCCCUGGUUUGUAUCUGACGUCACGCGCAAGGACUUUGACUGGCUCAUCAAUACCAUGGUCUACGGAAGCCUUUUCCCCAACGGUACCGACGCCGAGCUCGCUUCGCUCAAGUCUCUGGGUCAGAGAUGGCAGAGCUAUGUCAGGCAGGGCAAGUGGAUCUAUGAGCAACAUCCAUUCUGGUGCACUGGCUACACCUUCUGGUCCAUCUCGGGCGAGGCACCUGACCUGUUCUUGCACCUUGCCGACUCGGACUGCGUCUUCUUCAAGGGCGAUCUGAACCACCGAAAGCUGACUUACGAUUGCCAAGCUCCCAGUGACACGCCCUUUGACAUUGCCAUCGGCCCGCUCGCAAGCGAGGACGGCGCGCCACCCGUGAUUUCCCUGAGGACGAUCAAGUCGGACGUCGUCGUUGGCGUCGAUAACGCCAUCGCUCAGAGGUUGGAUCAGGAGGAGCCUGGCUGGAGAAUCUCUGGCAAGUAUGCAGUCGUUCUCAUGUCCGAAGGAAGGCCCGGACAGCCGGUUCGAUUUGACAAGGGGCCCAACGCGGUGUAAUCAUUUCGAGCCGCCCGCUGCUCUCGAGAAGCCAAUUUCGCUUGUACUCUCCACACCGUCUCUAGAUUGCUUUUGUUU